AUGGUUAUAAUUCAAAACGCAAUAAUUUACACUGCAGUAUGCGAUGCUGCAACACCUCUCCUGAUCAUGAUCAGCUCCGGAUAUUUUAAACAUAUAAAAGAUCGCAUAAUUUCUCUUAAUGAAAAUGGAAAUUGUAAGUUAUUGGAUCAAAAACGUUGCAUUUAUUUUCAUCAAAGACUGCUAAGGUUUUCGUCCAAAUUAGCCGAAUUCGCUGCUACGAUGCUUUUAACGCAAAUUCUGAGUACCGGAUAUAAUAUAUCUAUCAUCUUAAUCAAGCUCGUCAGUUCAGACCCCGACAAAUACAAAUACGUCGCAUUACUGGGCACAUAUUUGUGUCAAUUAUUUCUGAUUCAGUGGGCACCCGACCAUGUGCAUGAGGAAAGCGAGCAGAUAGCUUAUGCUGCUUACACUGCUUACAUUGGAACUUAUAACAGUAACGAGAUUAAUAAACAUUUACUUACUGUAAUAAUGAGAGCUCAGAUGCCAGUUAAGUUUUUGGCUGGUGGUUUUAUUCCAUUGUCUCUAGAGAGUUUCGGUAACAUAAUAAAAAACGUAUUUUCCUUCUUUACUGUACUACGUAAUUUUGACUUAUAG